AUGGCAUGUCCUGAUGGAGGUGCUACUGGAGCUGGUGCUGCUGGAGCUGCUGGAGCUGGAGCUGCUGGAGCUGGAGCUGCUGGGGGUGUUGGCGCUGGUGGUUCUGCUUGCGCUGGUGCUUCUGAGGGUGCUGGAUUUGGCACUGGUGCUUCUGAGGGUGCUGACGUUGGCGCUGUUGGAGCUGGAGAUGCUGCUGGUGCUGGUGCUGGUGCUGCCGCUGGGGGUACUGGUGCUGUCCCUGCUGGUUCUGGAGGCGCUGCGCGGCCGAGGCCGUACUUCGUUCCACUCCUUGAGCAGGUUCUUGGUCUCCCGCCCUCUACUGGCCCUGCUCCUCCCUUAGCGUGUCCACAGGCUGUCCAGUCACGGACACAAUUACACCCUGCCUCCCCGCUGCCUGCUCCUUCUCCCUACACAGUUCCUACUGGAGGUCUUGCUGAGCGUCGUGAGCCUGCGUCUCGUCCUGCGUCGCCUGCUCGUGCUGCUCGCGCUAGUGGUCGUGCUCCGCGUCCGCGUCCUCCUGCGGUCCCCGGCACACACCAGAUGGCACUGCGUCCUUCCACUGCUCCUCUACGUGUCCUGUUGCCGUCUCCUCCAGAGUCCUCUCUUCCUACUCUUGCUGACCCUGAGUCAGACUCUCUUCGUGCUGCCAGUCUUACUGUCACGCGUCUCCUGGCUACCGUCGUCACUAACCCUUCUUUUGAGUCCACUGCUGCGUGUGCCUUAGUUGUUGAGCUUGUCGACUUUGCUGCUCGCUGUCAUCUAGACUACGCUGCUAGUAUUAUUGCUGAGACUGUGUCUGUCUGUCCUCCGUCCGUCGGGGGUGAGCGUGCUCUUAGCACGGACGUCCUUGAGGACAGACAAGAGGAGUUCCAGUGUUUUGCUGCUGCUUUGCCUCAUCUUGUGUCCACGCUGAUUGCCCCUGAGGGAGACCCGGAUGCACCAGAAAUCCCGACUCCUCGAUCGUAUGCUGAGGCGAUCGAGGGUCCCUACUCCUCACAGUGGCAGUCAGCCAUGGUGGCAGAGAUGGCUUCCUAG